CCCAUUUCCAUUAGCGUGACACCCCCUAGGCCCUAGCAUCAUGGCGGCACUUAUAGGUUGGAAAAGUUAUCGAAAAUGACACUUACGUAUUAAAUUAGUAGUAAAUACUGUUUGAAUUAUAUUUGUUUCUACAGAGUCCCAUUCGUAAAUGAAAUGAGACAAUGAUGCCGAUAAAGGAUAAUCAAGAUGUGGCUUGUUUUCUUGUCACUAAACACUCGUGGAAGGGAAAGUACAAACGUGUUUUCUCUAUCGGAUCCAUGGGUAUCACAACUUAUAAUCCUGGCAAUCUCGAGGUUACUAAUAAGUGGGCAUAUUCAGAUUUUAUCAGCUUACAGCCGACAAAUAAAAGUCAGUCUGGCCUAUAUGAGUUUAGUAUCACGAUGCGCAAGGAACGAAAAGUAGAUACAAUGAGAUUCAGCUCUGAGUACAGGGUACAACUUUUGACUGAGGCUUUGAAAUUCAGAAAUCAAUUUGCAGAAAAACCAAAGGAGAUUUUGAGAUACCAAGCCUAUAAGCAUCAUUGGUCGGAUACGAGAUUGCCCGUUGUCCUUGAGGUGACACCAUUCAGUCUUGACCAGUUGGAUCCUGCCACAAACAUGUUGUUGGCUAGCUAUUGUUACAAGGACUUUGAAGGCCUUGCCACAAUGAAAGAUUACCCAGGUGGCUUUGUGAUAGUAUGUGGGGGCUUUGGACGUCUGCACCUAUUUGCCUCGCAUCAAAUUGAAGAGAUAAAGAAGAAAAUGCUGGAUUCGGCACUAAAUAACUUGGGAAUCAAUAUAAAAGUACUGAAAGAACAAAUAAUCCUCGAUGAUUUCCUCACCCAAAGACUGGGAAAGUUCAGUGGCGAUGAGCACAUAACCAGCGUGUCAGAGUUCACUGUUCACAAGCUCUCAUCCAGGCACUCGGAUCCUCAACGAAGAACAUUAUGCCUUUCAGAUACUUGCCUUGUUGAAAGAGACCCUCAGACAUACAGCAUUUGCACCCUCAGACCGUUGUCUGAUAUUUUUACUCUGGUUCGAGAUAACUCGAACCCGCAAUUAUUCACGAUACAGUACCUGAAUGGUCAAAUGCGGAGUUACACAACCACUGACAGGGAUUCUUUACUCGCUUCUUUACUAGACGGUGUUAGGGCAUCUGGGAACAGAGAUGUUCAUGUUAAAAUGUAUCCUAUAUCUCGAGGCAAGAGACUCGGUCCAUUGAACUUGCCUGUCGAUGAAGAAGUCGAGACUUCUCAUAUAAAAUUUCUGCAACAGCCGCCUGGUAAUAAAUCAUUCUCUGAGAUGUUGGAAAGGUUCAAUGCAAACGCUCCGUACAACGGGCUACACUAUUCCACCUCCCAAGAUGAUAAUAAACCGCUUGAUUGGACUGUAACUACGUUACAACUUCAAGUCCACAGGGUUACAAAUGACUAUUUACAGGGCCUAUUUACCGAGAACAAAGACAAGGUAAUUCUUGGCGCCCUGAAUGCUCUAGUGAGCAAGGAACUGGAAACGAAUAGCGAAGUCGAGGCACAGUUUCACGCCCUAAGAAGGUUAGUUGCAAGCAAAGUUGGUUUCACAGCAUUCACCACUUUACCAGGCUUUAGAGAAGCCAUCGGGAAUAAAGUCGUCAAAGCAUUGAAGCGACAAGAUUGUGGAGUGACGCAAGCCGCAAUGGAUUGUAUUUGUGCUCUCAUGCAGCCCAUGCAUGAAGACUGUGACUUGAGACAGGAACAAUUGAACAAAAGCAGUCUACUGAGUAGUACCAAGUUUCUUGAAAGUCUCCUAGACAUGUGGAUCAGUCACGUUAAUCAUGGCACAGGAGCUCUUGUGGUUUCUGCCAUGUUGGACUUCCUAACAUUCGCGCUCUGUGUACCAUACAGCGAAACAACAGAUGGCAAACACUUCGAUAAUUUAUUGGAAAUGGUCGCUGCUAGGGGUAGAUCAUUGUUUCGACUGUUUCAACACCCUUCGUUAGCAGUUGUCAAAGGAGCAGGGCUCGUGAUGCGGGCUAUAAUUGAGGAAGGAGCACCAGAAAUUGCAGCAAAAAUGCAAGAACUUGCACUAGCCGAAGGCGCUUUGCCGAGACAUUUGUUGAAUAGCUUGUUCACUCUGGGCAGUGACGGUAGACUUUUGACACAUAGACAAUUGUGUCGACAUUUAGUGGGUUUGUGGGUCACUGGACACCCUACUGCGAUGGGAUUACUAAAGAGAAUAAUGCCAGUUGGUUUGUUGAAUUACCUGGAUUCUGAGGAGAAAGUACCAGAUUCUUUUCUGGAAGAAGAACGAUUGAAUAAUCGUGAUAAUUUAAAAAUUGCGAUCGAUCAUGCCUCGAAAAACAGAAAAAGUCCACAAUGGAUAGCGAUUGAGCGUCAAAUGCGGGUACUUGAGAGGCAUGUGGAAAAUGCCCUACAACACUGGGGUGCUAGAGUGGGUAUCGAACGGCGUGAAAAAAUUAAAGAAAGACCGAUUGUACUGAGAAAGCGUAGAGAAAGGAUUAAGUCCGAAGCAAAUUGGAAGCUAUUUUAUUACAAAUUUAAUCAAGAUCAUGCGCUGCCAAAUUUAAUCUGGAACCACAAAACACGAGAGGAGUUGAGAACUGCUUUGGAAAACGAAAUAAGAGCUUUCACCUCUGACAAGGAUUUGUCUGGUGGCACUUUGAUAGCCUGGAAUCACAGAGAAUUCGAAGUACAGUAUCAUUCUCUUUCCGACGAAGUUAAAAUUGGGGAUUAUUACCUCCGACUGCUAUUGGAGAAGGAAGACAGUCCUGAUAGCCCUAUAAGGAAGUCGUAUGAGUUUUUCAACGACUUGUAUCAUAGGUUUUUGCUAACUACAAAAAUUGAAAUGAAGUGCCUUUGCCUGCAAGCAAUGACUAUCGUGUACGGUCGAUAUUUUGAAGACAUUGGCCCUUUUUCCGACACUAAGUACAUAGUUGGUAUGCUUGAACGGUGUUCAGAUAGGAUGGAACGUGACCGGUUAGUUAUGUUUAUAAAUAAGCUGAUACUACAUCGGAGAAACGUUAAAGAUAUUAUGGAUCAAAAUGGUGUUAGAACUAUGGUCGAUCUCUUGACAUUGGCUCACUUGCAUACGUCGCGUGCUGUUGUUCCGACUCAGACAAAUGUCAUAGAGGCAGGGCCAGAUCAAGAAAGAGUCAUGGAGAAAGAAUGGUAUUACAACGACGGAGACCAGCGGAAAGGUCCAAUUUGCAUAACUGAAUUGAAGAAAUUAUAUGCAGCGAGUAAAAUUAACAACAAAACUAAGGUCUGGGCACAAGGGUUAGAUGGAUGGCGGAUGAUCAUGCAAGUUCCUCAGUUGAAAUGGACUUUAGUAGCCAAAGGCAGUCCAGUAAUAAAUGAAAGUGAAUUGGCAACGCUAGUUUUGAACAUUCUCAUCAAAAUGUGCGAAUACUUCCCAAGUCGAGAUGCUGAUGAUGCUGUGAUUCGGCCACUGCCUCGUGUUAAGAGGCUACUUUCCGAUCCUCAGUGCAUGCCACAUGUAGUUCAAUUACUCUUGACUUUUGAUCCAGUUUUAGUAGAGAGAGUAUCGACUCUGCUAUGCGAAGUCAUGAAGGAUAAUCCAGACGUGUCAAAAAUCUAUCUAACGGGAAUCUUUUUCUUCAUAUUGAUGUAUACUGGGUCCAAUGUUCUACCGGUUGCAAGAUUUUUGCAGUUGACGCACACCAAACAGGCGUUUAGGGGUGACGAAAACACAGCAUCUGACAUAAUGCAGAGGAGUAUAUUGGGUCAGCUUUUGCCAGAUGCUAUGGUUAGCUACCUUGAGAAUCACGGGGCAGAAAAGUUUGCACAGAUAUUUUUGGGUGACUUUGACACCCCAGAAGCCAUCUGGAAUGCUGAAAUGCGCAGAAUGUUAAUAGAAAAAGUGGCCGCGCAUAUAGCAGACUUCUCACCUAGGCUACGAAGCCACACACUGGCCCGCUACCAAUACAUCCCUAUACCUGCGAUAAGAUAUCCUCAGCUUGAGAAUGAACUGUUCUGCCAAAUAUUUUAUCUCAGGCAUCUCUGUGAUACAAACAAAUUUCCCCAGUGGCCAAUUCCGGACCCUGUAAAGUUGCUGAAAGAUGUGUUGGAUGCAUGGAAAAAAGAGGUGGAAAAGAAGCCGCCUGUUAUGACAGUCGACGAUGCCUACAAAGUUUUGGGAUUAGCUGGUGGGAAACAGCACAACGAAGCUACCGUGCGAAAGUCUUAUUACAAACUAGCACAAAUGUAUCAUCCAGAUAAGAAUCCUGAUGGCAGGGAUAAAUUUGAAGCUGUUAAUCAAGCCUACGAAUUCCUGUGUAGCCGCAGCUGUUGGACAGCGGAUGGUCCAAACCCGGACAACAUUGUUCUCAUCCUUAGAACGCAGAGUAUUCUGUUCCAUCGGUACGCCGAUGAGCUUCAGCCGUAUAAAUACGCGGGUUAUCCACAACUGAUUAAAACAAUAAAGUUUGAGACCAAUGAUGAUCAAUUGUUUUCAAAGUCAGCACCUCUCCUGGCUGCAGCAAGCGAACUUGCCUAUCAUACGGUUCACUGUUCUGCUUUAAAUGCCGAAGAAUUGAGGAGAGAAGGUGGCUUGGAAGUUAUGUUAGAAGCAUAUUCAAGAUGCGUUUCAGUUUUAAAUAACUCGAGUAAACCCAAUGACGUAGCUGUUCAAGUUUGUACACAUAUCACAAGAUGCUUUGCUGUUGCCGGGUUGUUUAGAGGGUGUAGAGAAAAGAUGGUCGAGUUGCCUCAAUUGGUCAAGGAUCUCUGCAGGCUGUUAUAUUUCAAGCAUUUAACGAAACUUUGCUCUGUGGCAACGGAGUGUGUAUCAUCGUUAGCAACCGAUAGCGUACUCCAGAUGCAGUUGUUGCAGUCGGGAGCACUGUGGCAUCUGCUCCUCUUCAUGUUCAACUACGAUUACACGUUGGAGGAAGGUGGCGUGAAAAGGAGUCAGGAUGAAAAUCGGCAAGAGGUUGCAAACAACUUGGCUAAGCUUGCAGUGAGGGCUUGUGCUAGGUUGGGUGGCUAUAUGACUGGCGAUAAUGAAACACCAGUUAAUCCCGUUACUGUGGCUGCGCUGGAAAGCACCCUCACUCCGUAUCUGGCCCGCCAGCUUGGCAAUGAAAAACCUGAAGAAAUACUGAAAAUUCUCAAUUCAAAUUGCUCAAAUCCGUAUUUGAUAUGGGACAACGGUACCAGGGCAGAACUAAACGAGUACUUAGAAUCGAAGCGGCAAGAAAAACUGAGUGGCAAUGGAGACUUUGAACACGAUUUCACUGAGUUUAAAUAUACGGCGCAUAGCAAUGAACUUAUAAUUGGGGAAAUCUUUGUUAAAAUUUAUAAUGAACAGCCAACGUUCCCAAUUGAGAAUCCAAAGGGUUUCACAAUAGACCUCCUAGACUUUCUCUCCAAGUCUGCUACUUAUUUAGCUUCUGUCGGAAGUGUUGCAUUGUCAAAGAAGGAUCAGGAAAAAUUGAGACAUAUCGUAAUAUCCCUUGACGCUCUCAAAAAUGUGAUAAAAAAUAAUCCCGGUGUAGAAAUGCAGUGCAUUGGUCACUUCAAGCUACUUUUUGGCCUGUUGAGUUGCAACAGUUUCAAGCCAAUUCAAAAGGGAGCUCUGGAAGUUAUUAAUAAUGUUACUAAAAACCAAGAGUGCGUCAACGAUAUUGCCGCCAAUGAGGUGGUGGUGCAUUUACUUUUGUGCCUGCACAGUUUGACCGAGUGCCAGCUUCUGACCUUGGAAACAUUGUAUGCCUUGAUGAGUACUACGAAAAUAGUAAAAGAUGCUUUGACGAAAGGCGCUGUUGUGUACAUUCUUGAUUUAUUUUGCAACUCCAACAAUACGCAAAUUCGGGAAGCUGCUGCCGAUUUACUGGCUAAAAUGUCCUCCGACAAGUUAGCUGGGCCAAAAGUAAAGCUCGAUUUGUCGAAAUUCUUGCCACGGUUAUUUAGCGAGGCAAUCCGGGAUGCCCCUAAACAAUGUGUACAUAUGUUUGAAUCUAGACAUGAAAAUCCAGAGUUAAUUUGGGAUGACGACUCAAAGAACAGGGUUUCCAGGAUCGUUUCUGAGAUGAAAGAAGAUCACUAUGCAGCCCAGAGAGUGAAUCCCAAUACAAAUCUGAAGUUGCCUGAAAUGCAGACUAACAUAGAUAUCGGAACUAAUGAACCUGUGGUAGCUGGAGUAUACCUCAGACUGUUUAUAGCCAGUCCUACGUGGGCCCUCAGAAAACCUAAAGAGUUCUUGAGCGAGCUGAUGGAUACGACAUUGAUUCUAAUGUCUAAGGAAAAAACUGACACCGAUUUGCUAGAGCUAGCAGCGCAAGCUUUGGUAUGCUUGCUGCAAGCUCAGCCAGCAUUGGCUGAUCAGGUACCAUCUCUAGGCCACAUACCAAAGUUAUGUCGACAAAUGUCUGUUCCCAAUAGUCAACCGGCUGUCUACAAAGCUGCCAUAUUAAUAUUACACCAAUUAGCCGCUAGUGAGAUAUGUAUAACAUCAAUAUGCCAGACAGAGUGUAUAAGUCCUCUAAAGUAUGCGAUGCAAUCGAGGAAAGACAUGAUAGCCAUAGCUUGCGAGGCAUUAAACAGAUUAUUUUCAACGAACGAGGACAGACUUGUGAAGCAGGCCUUGGAAGCACAGAUGGUCCCCUACCUUCUGACACUUCUGGAGGGUAGAUUAGACACCAUUGAUAAUCCUGGCACAACAAAGGCUCAAAUAGUGAAAGCUUUGAAAGCAAUGACACGGAGUCUGUUGCUGGGUGAAAAAGUCACCGCAAUAUUAGACAAAUCCUCUGUUUGGGCAGAGUACAAAGACCAGAUGCACGAUCUGUUCAUAUCCAACACACCCACCGCGGGAUAUUUGACUGCUGGUGUACCGGUAUCUGCGGGUUAUCUAACUGCAGGACCAAGUGCCACACUUCCCACAGGACCGCCACCAGUCGACAAAGAAGAUAAUGUGAUUAAUAGGAAUGAUAACAUUUGAUGAAAUUCUGAUGGCUGAAUAUUUGACACAGUGAUAAA